AUGGAUAUUGUUAAUGCAAUUUCUUCGCCAGGGACGGCCCUGGCAACAGUCAGUCUGGUAGCAUGUGUUGGUGGCUUUGUCAUUUUGCUUCAAAUUCUCCUACACAGGCCAAAAGCACUGUAUCACAUUUGCUCUUUUCUUCAAUCUUCAUUGCGAGAGUCUCCUAAAAAGCCUUCCGAUACGGACUACUCUACCGUAUUCCCACCAAGCCAAAGGCCUGUACUUGGUCAAUUGAUUCCAGUAGCUUCACCCGGGCGUGACUUGUCCCUCUCACCCAGACCAGUCCUCCCACUAGACGCGAGCUACUUGUCCGCUCCCCCUUCUUCUUACGUCUAUAGCGGAUUCACAGUAGAGGAGAUUAAGGCGCUUGGGAACUUUCCAGACUAUUCCAAACUCUCUGGGGUUCCUCAUCCGACACCUCUCAAGCAGUUCGAUAUUGAUAAGGCCUUGCCCAGACCUUACAGACCUUUCCGAUGGUCAUAUCACCAAACCAUGUCCUUCAAGAAACUGGAAACAGAUUUCUGGAUUGAGCUUGAGAGCACAUAUCGCGACCGCGUUCGGCAGCGACAAGAGCUUUUUGCGCAACACGGGAAAGAUGUCCUGCAGGCCCUUCCGGGGUCGGAACUUGCAUGCAAAGAACUCAUGGAAAUGGUAUUGCAGUUCAUCUGCAUCAGAUAUCCUAAUUGUUUCCAGCUGAAGGGCAAUAUUUUUAUUAAUCAUGUUCUCGGCACAAAAGACGACCUUUCAGCGAAGGAUCCUUUACUUGUCCUCUUGGAUAAUGUCCCAGAAGACUUCGGCAUAAGUUUGAGAGACCACCAAACAGGUCGCUAUAUGCUCCGAGCUGGUGUUAUUUGCUCGUCCGUUGAUUGGAACUUGGGUGAGAAGAUAGGCUUGGGUCUGCCGGCUAUUCAUAAGCGUGUACCAGACUAUAAAGAGAAGAUGGAGUUAAGCAUGGACAGGUUCUUUACCAAGAUGCCAGCCAAUGGUCCAAUUCAGAGAGGGUCGUGGGGACUCGAGAUGGGCCAGCCUCUCUAUCUUCCCCCAGGAAGUGAAGCCGUCGAGCACAGAGAGCACCAGCGACCGGACCUACGGCCUGAUGAAGUGCAUCUGCGCGUGGAUUGGCAGACUUUGCGGCGGCUGCCCUUAUCGGGUGCGAUUAUAUUCAAUUUUAAGGCAUUGUUUACUCCUCUCUCAGAGUUCAAAGACGAGCCAUAUAUUCCUUCCCUUGUUCUCAAGAUUCUAAACGAAGGGAACGAAGGGAUCAUGAAAUAUAAGGGUACAUGGCAUGUAGAGCAUGUGGCGAAGCCCUUGUUAGAAGAAUACGAGCGAUACCAGAUUGCUCAGGGCUUAAUGAAGCCAGAAUGGGAGCCGGCAACAUUAGAUGAGAGUCCCUUCUUUCCGGGCUGGGAAAGAAAAUGGAAUCUACACUAG